AUGGAAACCCUCCAGGACCUUGUCCCAUCUCUACCUGCAGCCCCAUUGACAUCCCCACUAUUUACCGUCUUCCCCGCCGAGAUCCGCAAUCGCAUUUAUACGCUCGCCCUUGAGUCUGAGGAUAUUCUCACAGACGACAGUUCUCGCUCCCUCUACAAGCAAAACGCUUUCUACUACCGACCCGGGUACAAGCAGCCCAAGCGCAUCCAAACUGCCCUCCUCCAGACAUGCCAGCAAAUCUACGCCGAGGCGUCCCUCCUUCCACCAGCAGUCAAUGAGCAUACUUUCUGGUUCUAUCGUCCCCCGCCACAUGUCAAUGAUGCGUCAUCGCCGCUGAAUUAUUUUCGCAAGAUGACCCCAAAACAGCGGGCUCAGGUGCAGCAUCUACACCUGUUCACCCAGCAGUAUUUCCUAGAGGACAAUCUUUGGUCCCAGAUAUGGGACGGGCUGAAGAUAGGCAACGACGGGCGCAGUUUGCGAGGAGACUGCAGGAUCGCGCCGAAGAAGAUGACCAUCACGUUUCGCCACACGGACUGGUGGUACUGGGAGAACAAUGACCCCCUGGGCAUCGAUCCGUUCCGGCCAGGGAGAACCCGCGCAGCCGAUAUGGGCAAGGCUGUUUCCUCGCACGCUGCAGCUCGAUCAUGGGGAAAUCAAUUUAGCUCUAUUCCCUGCCUCGAGGAACUGGUGAUCGAGUUCGAGACGAUCAUGCGGAAGAGGGACCAGCUAGAUGCCAUCAUACAACAAGCUCUCGAGUGGAAGUUUCCCAUGCAGCCUGACAAGGGCUUGUAUUUGGUCGCUGACCCCAAGUCAAAGAGCGCAUAUACUUGGACUGGGGCGAAAGAGGCGGAGUUGAAAAGACAGAGACCUGUAUGGCCGGUUGAUGCCGACGCUGGGUCAGAAUCUGAAUCUGACAAGGAACAGGAGCCGGUUCCUGCAACCCCGGCUUUGGUGCCAUUUGAUCCUCAAUCUAACUCUGGUACGGAUAGCAACGUUAAUCUUGGGAAUAAUGCCCAAUUUGACGCAAAUACGGAGAAGUUCUAUGUCGUUUUCUUGACUUGGAGGAAGCAGCGAAUCCAGGAGUAG